AGCAUAUAUGUUGCAACAGACAUUAUUCAAUACUUGAUGACACAUAGGUGAACACCUGAUAUUAUAUAAGUCGUAGUGAGAAGUCUGUAGUUAGUCAUUCACCGAGUAAGCCAUAAGAGCCACAAUGAACGCAGUGCUACUGUUUAUCUCUGUGGUCAUCCACGUGGUGUACUGUGAAUAUCCCGUGGUACAGGAAGUGCCAUGUGAACGACAGAAUUGGCCUAGUGCGUACUUACCAGCCAAGGAUUGGAAAGAGGGUCUGCAACACUCACACCAAGGAGAAGAAGAAAAAGACAACCAAGUAAAAAUUGCCGACUUCUUCAUCACACUGGAUGGAAUGAAACUGAAAGAAUCAGCUGUUCUUUGUAGAGUUGAAUCAGCCGCCCAAAUAAAUUCCUUCUGGUUUGAUAUUGCCGGCCCGAAACACGAGGGCUAUGUAGAAAAUGAAAGCUUCGUGUUCAGCGAUGGAGUAGGAAUCAAAAACAAGCUGAGGCUUGGAAUUAGAUCAAAAGAUUUUGGAAAGGAAGGUGAACAUGAGAAUGACAUUGUGAAAUUCAAGACAAGGGUACAGCUUUAUGGAACCGCAGCGACUAAAGAAAAUACGAAGAUAACCUGCGGUGCAGGUCCAAAUGGAGACAUCUGCUCUAAUGACAAUAUCAAACUUGUCAUAGAUAUCAGAAACGAAUUAGACACAGCUUAAGCUUGUUGAUCGUUUCAACUAUGAAGUAAAAUUUGUAUUGCAUUAAAAAGUUUGAAGAAUC